AUGCCCUGCCAGGCGCAGAACGCCUUUCCCGUUCAUCAUUGGGACCAGGAGACUUUCCAGGUCGUCGAUGCGGGAGAAGGAAAGGCCGAAAGGAGACUUGAAGACACAUUGGGCUUGGGAGAGAUUCUUCCUUGUGCCUGCGAGACCCUGGCUCGAGCCGGGCAUGGCUCAAUCGUCGAUGCCAGCCCGAAUUCCACCGAAACCCUGAACAAGCAUUGGGUGGGAGAGGUCUUCCGGGUGGUGGACGCUGGAUAUGGCAUGUUUGGGCUGCACUCGCGUGGUCAUGGCAAGUAUGUGAGGAUGCAUGAGACCGGGAUGGAUGCCAGUGGGAGAGCCGACAGCAUCGCACUUCCUUCAGGGUGGUGGAAGGAAGCCUUUGUCGCAUAUCCUAUAGACCCCCUGCAAGACACGCUCGCUUUGUGGCAACCGGAUUUCAAGCGCUGCAUCGAGAUGACUUCAGAGGGCGACGUGAUCCGCGGUGACGAAGUUGACGGCGAGGACCAGUCCCAGUGGAAGAUUUGA